CUGUUACUGCCCUGAGCAGCUCAAUGGUAUUUGAUCUGAACUUUGGGGUGCUCCGUCCUUUGAGCAGGAUAAUUGCAGUGCAGGCGUUACUCAGAGACACCAGCUUUAUUACCCUGCAAUGAUGGGGUUAGUUCUCAGGCUCGCAGGAGUUAAAGGUGGUGGCUGCUGCCUCACAGUGAAUGCAGGAGGGGGAAGGAAACCCCAGCACCCCACCUGCAAGCUGAAAACCAUAGGAAUGUGUUACCUUGGAAGAACUCCGAUCUCCUGCUUACAGAAGGAUGACCUUCUUCCCACACAUAACCCAGCUCUUAUGCCUUAUUUCUCCACUGAAUGAAAUUAAAUGUACUGAGGGAGUCAAGGUUCAUGGAAUGAAGACAGCUGAUCUGACACUGAUGGCCCUGCUGAAGCUGUAGAUAAAAGCACAACCCCAGCAGAAGCAGUUCUCAGUGUCCUAAGGACUCCAGAGAAGAAUCUGUCAGGACUUGCGGCAAAACAGCUCCACAAAAAGAGGCACCUUCAAAACAAAGAUGAACAUCGGAAAAGCUUCCAGUUCCUUUAACAACAGCAAUGGAACAGAUCUAGCUAUUGGCUUUACCUCUUCCACAGUAGCUGUCCUUCUAUUUGGGACAAACUUUGUGCCUGUUAAGAAAUUUGAUACUGGUGAUGGCAUGUUCUUCCAAUGGAUUCUCUGUGCCUCCAUAUGGAUAGUUUCUUUGGUGGUCAAUUUAAUCCAGAAUUGCCCCCGGUUUUGGCCUCUGGCUAUGGUUGGGGGUUUUGUGUGGGCUACAGGCAACGUUACAGUUGUCCCUAUUGUUAAAACUGUUGGCUUAGCUCUUGGUCUUUUGAUAUGGGCAUCUUUUAAUUUGCUGACAGGUUGGGCAAGUUCAAGGUUUGGUUGGUUUGGAAUUGAUCCAGAAGAGGUAUCGAGACCAAUCUUAAAUUAUAUUGGAGCUGGACUUUCACUAUUAAGUGCUGUCAUAUUUCUUUUUAUAAAAACUGAAGUCCAGAGUUCUUCACCUUCGUUAGAAAGCACGCCUUUACUGAGAGAAAGUUCCAUUAAUGUUUCUGAAGAUACUCCUGAUGACUCAUGGGUGAACAGACUUUCUCCAGCAAAAAAGAGACUCGUAGGAUGCAGCCUGGCUGUAGUAGCUGGAAUACUCUACGGUUCCAGUUUUGUACCAGUACUUUACAUCAAGGACCAUGGAAGAAGAAAUGAAUCUAUAUACGCAGGAGCAAGUCAAUUUGAUUUAGAUUAUGUUUUUGCACACUUCAGUGGAAUAUUUCUUACAAGUACCAUCUACUUUUUGAUCUACUGUGCAGUCAAGAAAAAUAAACCUAAUGUUUAUCCCCAAGCCAUAUUGCCAGGGUUUAUUUCUGGUGUGCUUUGGGCAAUAGCCAGUUGCUGCUGGUUCAUAGCCAAUCACUAUCUCAGUGCUGUGGUCAGCUUUCCAAUAAUUACUGCAGGUCCUGGCCUUGUCGCUGCAAUGUGGGGAGUCCUUGUAUUUAAAGAAAUCAAGGGACUGAAAAACUACCUGUUACUCUCAGUAGCAUUUUGCAUCAUUUUGUCUGGAUCACUCUCCACAGCUUUUUCUAAGGUUUGAAAGGAUCUUCUGGACCAGUAGAUGGUGCUACUGUUUAAUGUAAUCAGACGGAAUACAUAAUAAUUUUCAAAAUGUAUGCCCAACAUUUAUCCUAACUUGCUUCAGGCAACUGAAAAAGAUAACCUUUGUUAAAUGUUCCCAUUUGUCAUGAAAGAAAAUCUGGAAAUGUUUGUUUCUGCAUUUCUUGGAACAGUAAGGAUAUCAAAGGAUUUUAUUAAAUAAAGCUAAAUGAUUUUAUAGUUACUAAUUACUUUUUUUUUUCCUCAUUCAGGCACUAAAUUUCAUGUCAUAAAUUGCAGUUCAUUGUUGGGAUGGAGGUUAAAGGGAUUUUACUUCUUAAUCUGUACUAUUGUAGAUAUUUACAAGCUAAUUUGUUUUAUUAUAACAUUCUGUCUUACUGACUUGAAUAGAAAAUGUGUCUUGGAAUAUUCUUUAUGGAACUGAUACACAUGAAGAUGUGAAGCAUUUUUUUAUUGAGAAGCACUAUUCUUUGAAGUCAUCAGUUUACAUAAAAAUGUUGUUUUCCAUUCACUUCAUAAUUUUGAAGGAGAUAUAAAAAAAACGGUGCUGUGAAAUAAAUUCCUUAUGUUUGCUACUAAACUGUUUGUUUAGUUGCAAGAACAUUAUGUAGAAAUCAGGAUAUGAAUAGUUGGGGAUGUUUGAGUCUCUUUUAUUUUGAUUGUAAGUAAACAUUACAUUUCUGUGUUGCAAUAGGAGCUAAGUACGCGGUUCAAAGUUUGUUUCCAAAUAACUUUGGGUCUUUUCUGUAUACUUACUUUCUGUCCUUUGUGGCAGUUUUUAUUACAUUGCAGCAUUAUGCCAAAACUGCUCAAUCACUGUUCAACCCAAUACAAGGUCAUCUAAAUGUAAAUAACUUCUGACAGCUGUUGUCUACUUGUUUCUUAAAAAAAAACAAAUAAAAGAAAUAGGUUUCAUAACAUUUUUAGGCAAACUAACCAGCUUCUAACUACUGUUCUGCUAGAAAACCCUAAUAUCCAAGGCGAAUUCCCUAUGAGGAAUGUUAUGUCUGCUCUUCCAUGACCACUACUAACAUGGAGAACUGUUUGUUUUCAUUUUCACAGCAGCUGCCUUUCUAUAUGCAAACCAUCUUGUCUGAACCUCCCUUGGUCUUUUUUUCAGUCUAUUAGAUAAACCCAGCUCCUGCAGCCUUCCCUUGUUUGUAACGUCCUCAUCAUUUUUCUUGCUCUGUCCUGAGCUCUCACAAAGUGGAGUAGAUCUGUCUAGAAACACUUGACAUGGCAGGCAGACUGCAGUCUUAGAAAAAUAAGAGCAGAGGUAAGUGUUUUUCUUUCAUCCACCUUGCCAGCUCUGUUCGUGGUUACACAUCAUAGUGUGACACUUUUUACCAUCACAGCUUGAUAUUGUUCACAUGUUCAGAUUGCAAUCGUAAUGUCUUCCUUCUCCCUUCCACCCUUCUUUGCCUACUAUUUAUCAGAUUGAUCUUAGAACUGUUACUUAGCCUGAUUUUCCCAUAUUAUUUCUGCCCAAGUGUCAGAACUUGGUGUCUGACAGGUUAUUUCCCCCCUUAAGGCUUUUCUCUAAUUUUACUGUGUAUGUUAACUCUGUCAUCCAAGGUGGCAGCAUUUUCCAGCCAGAUGUCAUCUGGAAAUUUAAACAUACUCUCAAAUUCCUGUAAAUAAUUUAUGAAAAUGCUGCCUGAUACAGGCCUUUACUUACUUUUUGGAAUCUAAUGUAAUACGUAUAACUCUGACAGGGAGCAAUUGAUUACUCUUUUGAGCACAAUUUGCCUCUCUCUUACAGUGGUUUUAUUUAGACUGCAUUCUCCCAGCUUUUAUGUAACCUCUGUUACCAUUGUACUGGUCAAGACACGUGAUGUGUACCACCGUAAUACCAGGUAUUGGCAAGAAAACUGGCCAGUUUUCUUUUCAAUAGCCAGGUCAGACACAAUUUCUUCUUGGCAGACCCUUGACUGUUGCUUACCUAGCCGUUAUUCUAUUGACUCAGACAAGGAAGAGUAACUUGUUCACGUGUUUUUGAAAUAACUUGAAUUAAAUCAGACAUUUAUCAUUUCCAUUGAUCUGUUUGCCCUCUUCUGAAAGAUCACAAGGACCUCUAUAUUCCUGGAAUAUACCUCAUGCCAGAAAAUUGCUGGUAAACAAAAAUUGGCAAAACAAAUAUGUAGUGUUCUCAGGCUCCUCUCCUUUAGAGAUAUGCUUUAAUAUGUCCGUUCUUUCCCAGUCAGUUCUUAUUUCUAUGUUACUUUGCAGUUGUGUUAACACUGACUCUGUCAUCUGUUUAAGACUGAAGAAACAAGGGUGCCGUGCACUUUAGCUUAUUAUGUCAUUGCUGAAUAGUGGCAGAUUGUCUCUCAUUUCCACACAGUUACUGAAAAAAAUACUAGCCUUGUAACUCACUAUUUUGCUAAAAUAAUUACAAUGCAACACAAUAUUUAUAAUGAUAGUGUGAUUACAGCACCAAUCCAUUUUGAGGUACCAAUGCAAUUGGUCAGGAAGGAUCAUCAUCUGUUUAGUUUACUACUACCUGUGGGUCAACUUCCACCUUUGGUUGAAGUCUGCAAGUACAGUCUACACUAUUCCAUGAGGUGUACUCUUCAGUAGUUUAUGCUACGUGCCUCAGUCUGGAAAAAUAGUUGGAAAAUGUUCAACCAGAACUCUCAGGGAGAGGAGGACAACCUCCCUGAGACAGUGAACUAGUCUGUUCACACUACUGCUACCAGGGCAGAAAUAGCUUUUAAGGAAUGUGUAAGAUCCAUAUUGCACAACAGGUAUUUCAGUCCCUAGAGAUCCCUAGAGCACCUUCAAGGGAGACCAGGAGCAAACAGAAGCAAAGGCCACAGAAGCAAUGGUCACAGAACCAAGAGAUGCAGGAAUGCAGCAUGGUAUGAUUAAAAAUUGAGCUAAGCAUCAGAAUACCAAAGAUGCUUUGUCUUGCAGAGCAAAGUUCUAGGAGGAGAAAGGAACAGGGGAUCAGAUGAAGCUGCAUGAAGAUGUUACGAGGUUAGGCAGAGCAGAAACCAAGCAUGGUAUCUCCUAGUCGUCUUCCACAGCUGGACAAGCUGCAGUACUCACUGAAGAGUCAGUGCAGAGGGGCUGUCAUGCAAUGGCUGGUUGGCCUGCACCAGCUCUCCUUGAAAAUCUACAUCCCCAGCUGGGUGAGGAGUAAACGAGCAGGAUUGCUGAAGCCCAGUCACUGUGGGACCUAGUUUACCCAACUUUGGCCAGCUGUGUCCCAUCCCACACGGCAGUGAAGUGCCAUAGACCUUGUCACUGCUGCAGUGCCCUGAAGCUGUUUCAUCUGCUGCUGUGAAUACCCUGAGUGAACAUCUCCCUGGGUUUUCCAGAUUUUUAGCCUAUAACUUCUAGUGAUAGGACAAGCUGGCUACUAGUGCUGCAGUGGAAAUGUUAUGGCAGAUUAGCAAGUAUUAGAAAAAUUUAUCCUGGUCGUGCCUGGUUUUAGUUGCCUCAGUUCAGAUGCUGUUUUGUUGGUGCAUUUCUUAUUUGUUGUGGUUUCAGAUAAAUCUGAAAAUGCACAAUGAGAUUGAAUCUGCUCCAUCCAUCCCUUAUUAGACGACAGGUUGUGCAAAAAUAUGAAGCUGGCUUCUACCUUGGCAGUUGAGAUGCAUUUAGAUUUAGGUUUUAUGUUUAAACUGCUGACAUAUGUUUCACUUUCCUUUAACUGAAGUGUCUUUUCUGGUAUUGUAUUAAGCUUCUACUAUCUCUCCUGAGGGAUGCUCUUAAGUUAAUGUAUGGUAUGGGACCAGCAUCCAUCUACAUUACAGGGAACAGCUGAAUCUUCCUGGGCAGGAGCACCUUUACCUCACCUGGUUUCUGUAUAAGGCCAUUAGGUUCCUGAAACAAACCAAAAAACUGACCUCCUGACCGUAGCAAUUGCCAUGUAAAUGUAUGUACUUUUGAUGCAGUUCUCCAGUCUAUAUUGCAUAGCUAUCAGAUGUGCAAACUUAAUUGCUGACUGCUAGGGUGUUAAUUAAAAUUCUUGUCUGUGCGGGCUCAAGUAUGACCUUUAUUAAAUGCUUUUCUUAGCAGCUAUCCUAUUGGAUUUGCCUUGUCAACAGCACACAAAAAAAACCCAAACCACCCUUGUAGCUCUUUUCUGUUAAAAAUCCCUUGUGGUAAUUCAUUGGGAUUUAUGGUUUAAAUAUGUAUUUAUUCCAAAAUAUUUUCUUAUGAUGUUCACUUGGAAUAUAUUGAAUAAAUAUUCCCCUCAUUUCUGAG